GUACUCGUUCCCUUUGUACAGAGAUAAAUCGCUUACAGCACCGUGACCGUGCAGUUUAUUUACCUGUUAAAUAGACUCGACGUCUGCUAGUUUUGAAGUGAUCGCGGAGAGAGGUUUUACCUGGAGCGUGUAACGAUGGAGAUUUUAGACAUCCUCCCUGCCAACUUCGGCUACGUGAUUCUGACUUACUUCUACAGCUGGGUCAUGUUGACUUACCUCGGCGUUAACGUCGGACGUGCACGGAAGAAGUACGACGUGAAGUACCCCACUAUGUACAGCGAUAAGGACGACGUGUUUAACUGCAUCCAGAGAGCUCAUCAGAACACAUUGGAGGUUUAUCCACAGUGGCUGGUUUUCCAGACCAUUGCUGCGCUAGUGUAUCCCACGGCGGCCGCUGUUCUGGGAGUUAUCUGGGUGACCAGCAGGUUCUCCUACGCCUGGGGUUACUACACUGGCAACCCAGCCAAGAGGAUGAACGGGGUGUACGGCUACAUCGGCCUUUUCGGAGUGAUCAUCCUGUCCCUGUCUGUUGCUCUGCAACUGCUUGGCGUUAUUUAAGAGCGUAUAAUUAAACUCUACUCUCAAACAUAGCACUGACCAAGUUUUCGCUUCAAAGCAUUUUUGUAUAUCCAUUUCAUAGUUUUGAUAGUUAUAAUUCUCUACUGUUAAAGUUCAUUUAUCUGUAAACCUGUGAAAGCACUUAAAUAACACUGACCAUAAUAUGAAUUUCUUCUUUAGACCUGUGAACGCUCAUUCAUACCACUAACCCAGCAUUUAAUUUCCAAAAGCAUUAGCUUAACAUUUUUAUUUCUACAUCUCAUGGAUUUGCAGAACACUGAGUUUUGUUUUUUACAUUUCAUUUGUCUUGUAUUUCAGAAUAUUUCAGAAUAAAAGCAGACAUUUUUCAUUUAAA